AUGAAGCACCGACAGGGUUCACGUAGUACCAAUUCUGGAGGGCUCCAGAGACUUUCGAUCCUCGCGUUUCACGCAUGCUCCCUCUCUCUCCUCCUCCGAGAAGCGCCUCGAGGCGGUGCCUCGAAAGCUGCUCUGCUUCACCUGCCCAACCACACCGCGCGACCAGCUGAGCGGAGCUUUAGGUUGUCAAGCCUUCAUUCCUCUUCGCCCACCUCCAGAUUGGCACUGCGUGUCAUCUGUACCAUCCGGCUCAACGUUGACACGCCGACUUCGGCACCGCAUCAGAGGCUGACGGCCUCACCAACAAACCUACGUUUACGCAAAAACCGACAGCUUCCUCGCCACACACAACAACAGCACCGACAAUCACGUCGACAUCGACAUCAUCAAAGAUCAACGACCACAUCGAACUGGGCGUCAACACCAACAACCACACCAACUCAGCUUCCGCGACCUGCACCAACAUCUGCACCAACAUGGACACAAACUACGAUGCCAAAUAAUGCACAAAUGCCAUCAAAUUCAUUGACCCCAACCAAGAGUCCAACACCAACAUCAACAUUUAUAUCAACCCGACGUCGACGGUGA